AAAAAAUAUGCAAAGGUGGGAAACGUAUAAAAAAGUUAACUGUUUUGUAGAUAAAAAUCUUUUUAAUGAAACGCACUUUUUUAAUUAUUCAAAAUUCAAUUCAAUUUUCUAAAGUGCAUUUUAUUUAAGAAAUUAACAUUCAACUGGUCUUCCUGAUUAUGGUAAUAAAAUAAAUUUAAAAAGAUGGCAGUAAGUGCAACACAUCGUACAGCAAAUCUGCAACAAGCACCAUCAAUUUUUGAAGUUAUAGCACAAGAUUCAUUACGAAGUUCAAUUUAUCCAGCUUUAAAAAAAUUGAUCGAAGUAUUAUCAUCAAAGUCGAAAUAUUCUUCGUUACAACUUUGGUACGAUGAAAUUUUUUUAGUCUUAAAUGGUCUAUUGCAGUUCCAUUAUUUAAAAUAUGAAGAUGCAUCAUUUUCCGAAGCAUUUUAUGGAUUACAAAGAAUUUCAGCCGAUAAUCGAUCAUUAUCAAUGAAACAAAAACUAUUAUGUAUGAUUCCACUUGUUCUAUUACCCUAUUUAAGAAUUAAACUCGAAAAUAUUGCAUUAAAAUAUAAGUUAGAAGAUUUUGAUGGUUUAUUACAAAAUGACAGAAAUUCAGAAAUGAAACGCCAAAUAUAUCAAAUUGAACCAGCUAUUCCACUUGUAUGGCAAUUUUUAAAAUUGGUACAAUAUUUAAGCUAUAUUUCUGGUAAUUCAGCAUAUUCAUCACCCGAAUUGAGUUUAUUACGUUUGAAACUUGUACGAAAUGAUAGCCAGAGGGAUACAUUUACAUGGACCGAACUUUGGAAAAAUGUAUUUAAUACUAAAUCAUGGUCAUCCGACACAUCAUUAAAAUUGUUAAGCCAAAUUUUAUUCCGUUCAAUUGAAGUUGGGGCAUUUUUCAUGCAAUUUUUACAAUGGUGGUAUACAGAAAAUACUGUUACAGAUUAUACUUCUAUAUCCGUUCCAGAAGCACCUACGAAUGAUAGUAAAGCACAACAAUUUAAAGGAGUGUGUCCAAUUUGUUUACAACGUUGGAAAAUUCCGACCAUUUUGCCAACAUCAGGAUAUGUGUUUUGCUAUCGAUGUAUUGUUCGUCAUUUAACGAUUGUACCAAAAUGUCCAAUUACAAAUUAUCCAACAAGUUUAGACGAACUUGUAAGGUUGUAUGAUGAAUAA